AUGGGUACAGUGGUGCAUACCUAUCAUGAUUAUAUUCAGGAAGCAGAGGCAGGAGCAUUGUUACAAGGUUCAAGCCUUGUCUACUCAGUGAAUUCUGGUCAGGCACAGGUGGAAUACCAACCAGGUCCUGUUCUCUCACUGUACGUAACACUCAGCUCUAAGUGGCUCAAGGACCUCAGCGUAAGGCCUGGUAACCCUAAAAUUGCUAGAAGAAAAAGGAGGGGCACAGUUCAACUUCUAGGCUCGGAAGGUGGAGUCGGUUUACAAGGCCACCAGCUGGAUAUGCAAAUCCUGCCCGACGGCCCAAAGAGUGAAGUGGACUUUUCAGAGAUUCUUAAUGCAAUACAAGAAAUGGCCAAGGAUGUCAACAUUCUUUUUGACGAAUUAGAGGCUGUCAACAGCCCUUGCAAAGAUGACGAUUCUCUCCUUCACCCUGGGAACCUGACCAGUACUUCGGAAGACGCGAGCAGACUUGAAGCAGGGGGAGAGACAGUGCGGGAUCGAAACAAAGCCAACGGACUUUACUUUAGAGACGGGAAAUGCCGAAUUGACUACAUCCUUGUGUACAGAAAAUCCAGCCCUCAGACUGAAAAGAGAGAAGUGUUUGAGAGAAAUAUUAGAGCAGAAGGAUUACAAAUGGAGAAAGAGUCCUCUCUAGUAAACAGUGAUGUCAUCUUUGUGAAACUGCAUGCCCCCUGGGAAGUCCUGGGAAGAUACGCGGAGCAGAUGAACGUAAGGAUGCCUUUCAGGAGAAAAAUCUAUUACCUGCCUCGCCGGUACAAGUUCAUGAGCAGGAUCGAUAAACAAAUAAGCAGGUUUCGGAGAUGGUUACCAAAGAAGCCCAUGAGGCUGGACAAGGAGACACUGCCAGACCUGGAGGAGAAUGGCUGCUACACUGCCCCUUUCAGCCAGCAAAGGAUCCAUCACUUCAUCAUUCACAACAAAGACACCUUCUUCAACAAUGCCACCAGAAGCAGGAUCGUGCAUCAUAUUUUACAAAGAAUAAAGUAUGAAGAGGGCAAAAACAAAAUUGGUCUGAACCGCUUGCUGACCAAUGGCUCCUAUGAGGCUGCCUUUCCGCUGCACGAGGGAAGUUACAGAAGUAAAAACUCCAUUAAAACCCACGGAGCAGUGAACCACCGACAUCUCCUCUAUGAGUGCUGGGCUUCCUGGGGCGUGUGGUAUAAAUACCAGCCUUUGGAUCUUGUAAGGCGGUAUUUUGGAGAGAAGAUCGGGCUGUACUUUGCCUGGCUUGGCUGGUACACAGGCAUGCUCUUCCCCGCAGCCUUCAUCGGGUUGUUUGUCUUCCUGUAUGGAGUCACCACUCUGGAUCACUGCCAAGUCAGUAAAGAAGUCUGCCAAGCGACCGAUAUCAUCAUGUGUCCUGUAUGUGACAAAUAUUGUCCCUUCAUGAGGCUGUCAGACAGCUGUGUCUACGCCAAGGUGACCCACCUUUUUGACAACGGAGCUACUGUGUUCUUUGCUGUGUUCAUGGCCGUCUGGGCUACCGUUUUCCUGGAAUUUUGGAAAAGACGUCGAGCAGUGAUUGCUUACGACUGGGAUCUGAUAGACUGGGAGGAGGAGGAGGAAGAAAUACGCCCCCAGUUUGAAGCCAAGUAUUCCAAGAAAGAGCGGAUGAACCCCAUUUCUGGAAAGCCAGAACCUUACCAAGCAUUUACUGAUAAAUGCAGCAGACUCAUCGUUUCUGCAUCAGGAAUAUUCUUCAUGAUCUGCGUGGUGAUCGCGGCCGUGUUCGGCAUCGUCAUUUACCGGGUGGUGACUGUCAGCACUUUUGCCGCCUUUAAGUGGGCACUAAUCAGGAAUAACUCUCAGGUGGCAACCACAGGGACUGCCGUGUGCAUCAACUUUUGCAUCAUUAUGCUGCUGAACGUGCUCUAUGAAAAGGUCGCUCUUCUCCUGACCAAUCUAGAACAGCCUCGCACAGAAUCCGAGUGGGAGAACAGCUUCACCCUGAAAAUGUUUCUUUUUCAGUUUGUCAAUCUGAACAGCUCCACAUUUUACAUCGCAUUCUUCCUCGGAAGAUUUACAGGACACCCAGGUGCCUACUUGAGACUGAUAAACCGGUGGAGGUUAGAAGAGUGCCACCCCAGCGGAUGCCUUAUUGAUCUCUGCAUGCAAAUGGGUAUUAUAAUGGUGCUAAAGCAGACCUGGAAUAAUUUCAUGGAACUUGGCUACCCGUUAAUUCAGAAUUGGUGGACCAGAAGAAAAGUCCGACAGGAACAUGGGACUGAAAGGAAAAUAAAUUUCCCACAAUGGGAAAAGGAUUACAACCUUCAGCCGAUGAACGCCUAUGGACUCUUCGAUGAAUACCUGGAAAUGAUCCUUCAGUUCGGGUUCACAACCAUCUUUGUGGCAGCUUUUCCUCUCGCACCACUUCUGGCCUUACUGAACAACAUCAUUGAAAUCCGACUCGAUGCUUAUAAGUUUGUUACACAGUGGAGAAGGCCCUUGGCAUCGAGGGCCAAGGACAUAGGAAUCUGGUAUGGAAUUCUCGAAGGCAUUGGAAUCCUCUCUGUUAUUACGAAUGCGUUUGUCAUAGCAAUAACAUCUGACUUCAUCCCUCGCUUGGUGUAUGCUUAUAAAUAUGGACCUUGUGCGGGCCAAGGAGAAGCCGGGCAAAAGUGCAUGGUUGGCUACGUGAACGCCAGCUUGUCUGUGUUUCGAAUUUCCGACUUUGAGAACCGGUCUGAACCAGAGUCUGAUGGCAGUGAGUUCUCAGGAACUCCCCUGAAGUACUGCAGGUAUCGGGAUUACCGGGACCCUCCUCAUUCGCUGGCACCCUAUGGCUACACUCUGCAAUUCUGGCAUGUCCUGGCAGCCCGGCUGGCUUUUAUCAUUGUGUUUGAGCACCUCGUGUUUUGUAUAAAGCACCUCAUUUCCUAUCUGAUACCAGACCUCCCGAAAGAUCUAAGGGAUCGAAUGAGGAGAGAGAAGUACCUGAUCCAGGAGAUGAUGUACGAGGCUGAGCUGGAGCGCCUCCAGAAAGAACGGAAGGAGAGGAAGAAGAACGGGAAAGCACACCACAACGAGUGGCCAUGA